GUACUUGGAAGGUUCGAUUACUGCCAGCUUGAGCACUUCCAAAAUCCGACUCGAAUCAGCUGCAAACGAUCUGAGACCUCUCGCUGCAUUGAAAGGUUGAAUAAUUGUAAGUCUUACACUGGACAACCAUGUUCAAUUGACAACCUGCAACUAAACACCCUACUCCACUAUUAUGACCUGCCACAUGGAUUUUCCCUUUCUAGUUACAUCACUUGGUUUGCGAUAGCGAUUUUUUGUCUCAUUCUGUAAUUUCAGAACCGUCUGACCUGGAACAUGAGUCAUUGAUCCUACUGCAAACGACAACAUCUUCUACACUCUGCAUUCGAACAGACUGGCUUACAUUCGAUAGGAAUCAUACGAGCUUUGAUUUAGGACAACAAAGCAGCAAGAUGGGUCAUACACAGGGCGCCAAUGGUGAUGGACAGAAUUGGUCACCUGACUCAUGGAGAUCGAAGCCGAUCAAGCAAAUGGUGGAAUAUGAGGAUUCAGAAGCCGUAUCUGCUGCAUUAAAGAAGCUUUCAAGCCUUCCACCUAUUGUGACGCCGACCGAGAUCACCAAGCUUAAGUCACACCUUCGAGAUGUCGCGCUUGGAAAAGCGUUCCUUCUCCAGGGAGGCGACUGCGCGGAGUUGUUCUCCUACUGCUCCGAUGAGCCCAUCGACUCCAAGAUCAAGCUUUUACUCCAGAUGAGUCUGGUCCUCAUCUGGGGCAUGAACAAGCCCGUCAUCCGGAUCGGUCGCAUGGCCGGCCAGUACGCAAAGCCUCGAUCCAGCCCGACCGAAGUCGUGGACGGCAAGACAAUUGCCAGCUUCCGGGGAGACAUCCUCAACGACUUCGAUCCCGCGAAUCGAACACUGGAUCCAGAACGUCUUGUCAGCGCCUACUUCCACUCUGCCACGACACUUAACUACGUUCGCGGACAACUGGCGAGCGGGAUCGCAGACCUACACAAUCCCCUCGAUUGGGGCCUCGGCCAUGUUCGAGACAAGGACCUGCAAACGAAAUACUCCAAGAUCGUGAACAGCAUAUCCGAGUCUCUGCGCUUCAUGAGGACGAUCGGAGCAGACACUGCCGGCCAGCUCCACACUGUAGAUCUGUACACCAGCCACGAGGGUCUCGUCAUGGAAUACGAGCAAGCCCUCACACGGAGCCUAAGGAACCCGGGCGGCUACACGCCAUCUCGCAAGUCAUCAGACGGCAAGGGAUGGUACAACACCGCGGCCCACUUCCUCUGGAUCGGAGACCGCACUCGACAGAUUGACGGCGGACACGUGGAGUACUUCCGCGGCAUCGAGAACCCGAUUGGCAUCAAGGUCGGCCCGUCGAUGAAGACGGAUGAGCUGGUGCAGCUGCUGGACAUCGUCAACCCGAACAAGGAGAUCGGCAAGGUCACGCUCAUUACACGUUACGGAGAGGAUAAGGUGGAGGCGAUGUUGGGACAUCACAUCGAGGCAGUGAAGGAGAGCGGCCACAUCGUGGUCUGGCAAUGUGAUCCCAUGCACGGUAACACCCGGAGCACACCGACGGGCCUCAAGACCCGCCACUUCAGCAGCGUCUUCUCCGAACUCUCCUCGGCUCUCAAGAUUCACAAGCAGCAUGGAUCUUUCCUCGGCGGCGUCCACCUCGAACUGACGGGCGACGCGGUUACGGAAUGCGUGGGAGGCAGCGAGGGACUUGCGGAGGAAGAUUUGAGCCUGAAUUAUACCACCUUCUGCGAUCCUCGAUUGAACGAGAAGCAGGCUUUGGAGCUGGCGUUUUUGGUAGCUGGGCAUUACCGUGAAGUCGAUCAAUUGAGUGGCUCUGGAGCUGGCUUGUGAUUGAUUGUAUAUAUAAUGCGGCUCACGAGUGCGGCUCACGAGCAGUGUAUCAAGCUACAAAAAAAAGUAAUGCUGAUUCCUGACUAUUUGCAC